UACCCCAGGCUGAGUGUUGGGCUUUCUCCAGUAGCCUGGGAAUUACUACCCGAUAACAGGACAGUUUGUUGAAUGAAUGAAUGAGCAGGAGGAGCCCGUCUUUCCUCUAUCCUGUUCUGAGGUGUCUGCUUUGAUACAGGCCAAGACUGACGACACUACAGACCCUGGGGUAGAGCUUCUGACUUGGGGAGCAGAGUCCGGAGGACCCCCCCAGCUCCGAGGGUCCCCGUUGAGCGCAGCGGGUGCGGCGUGGAGGGCUUGAGAUCCAGCGCUUGGAAGCGGGGCCGCGGAGAGUUACGUCUCGCAUGGUCUUGAAGACCCUCCAAGGCCUGGCAGGGAAGAGCUAGAGCUUUGCACCCCCAGGGCGCCCCCUCCACACUCAGAACUAGCCGACCCCGGGAGCACAGAACCCCACCCCCGCCGCACGGCCCCGCCCCCGGCACUCCCUGCGCCCCGCCUCCGAGGCUCCCCCUUCCCUCUGCACCGGCCUUAUAAGAGGGGGAGUCGCGGGGAUAAACCAAACCCAAAGGGCCGGAGGCUGUGAUCUGAGGUUCCCCUGUGGUUGUGGCUGCUCACGUGAGUGAGUCUCCGCCAGGGCCGCCGCGUCUCCAGCCCUCGACUCCCGAGCCCCGGCGUCCCCGAGUCCAGGACACCCCCGGAAGGAUGCGCCGCGCUCCGACGGCUUCGGCAGCCCUCAUGCUGUGUGCCGCCACCGCGGGGCUGCUGAGCGCGCAGGGCCGCCCCGCGCCCCCUCCCGCGCCGCCGCGCUUCGCGUCCUGGGACGAGGUGAACGUGCUGGCGCACGGGCUCCUGCAGCUCGGCCACGGGCUGCGCGAGCACGUGGAGCGCACCCGGGGGCAGCUGGGCGCGCUGGAGCGGCGCCUGAGCGCCUGCGGGGCAGCCUGCAAGGACUCCGGGGGGUCCGCCGCGCCCCCGCGCGCGCCCGAGGGUCCGGGCCCCAGUGGCGAAGCUGUCCCCGACACUCUCCGCAGCCUGCAGACUGAGCUCAAGACUCAGAACAGCAGGAUUGAGCAACUCGUCCACAAGGUAGCCCAGCAGCAGCGGCACCUGGAGAAGCAGCACCUGAAAAUACAGAAUCUGCAAAGCCAGGUGGGUCUCCUGGCCCCCACGCACCUGGACCACGGGAUGGCCAAGCCUGCCAGGAAGAAGAGGCUUCCCAAGACGGUGCAGCUCGGGGACCCCGCUCACAAUAUCAGCCGCCUGCGCAGGCUGCCCAGGGACUGCCAAGAGCUGUUUGACGAGGGAGAGAGGCAGAGUGGACUGUUCCAGAUCCAGCCUCAGGAGUCCCCGCCCUUCCUGGUUAACUGCAAGAUGACCUCAGAUGGAGGCUGGACUGUAAUUCAGAGACGUCAGGACGGCUCUGUGGACUUUAACCAGCCCUGGGAAGCCUACAAGGCUGGCUUUGGAGACCCCCAAGGUGAGUUCUGGCUGGGCUUGGAGAAGGUGCACCGCAUCCUGGGGGACCGCGGCAGCCGCCUGGCCGUGCAGCUGCAUGACUGGGAGGGCCACGCCGAGUCGCUGCAGUUCCCCGUCCACCUGGGCGGUGAGGACACCGCCUACAGCCUGCAGCUUACAGCCCCCGUGGCCAGUGAAUUGGGGGCCACCACUGUGGUGCCCAGUGGUCUCUCCCUGCCCUUCUCCACUUGGGAUCAGGACCACGACCUCCGUGGGGACAAGAACUGUGCCAAGAGCCUCUCUGGUGGCUGGUGGUUUGGCACCUGUGGCCAUUCCAACCUCAACGGCCAGUACUUCCGUUCCAUCCCACACCAGCGGCAGCAGCGUAAGAAGGGCAUCUUCUGGAAGACCUGGCGGGGCCGUUACUACCCACUACAGGCCACCACGAUGCUGAUCCGGCCCACAGAGACUGAAGCGGCCUCCUAGCCUCCUCCCUGGGGCCUGGUCUCAGGCUCAUAGAGGAUAGUGACUCUGACUCUGGCCCGGCAUGUGGCCGCUCCCUGCCUCGCCAGGGGCUCAAGACGGGGCCAUCUGGAGCCUCGUGGACAGAGAAGCAGCUCACGAGUGGAGAUGCCCCCUUUCCGAGUGGGGGAGCUGCAGGUGAUAUCCUCUGAGGACAGAGCUGUAGGGCUACAGGGCACAGAUUCCUGGAAGCGUGAGACUGAGCGGCGUUGAGACCUACUCCUUGCCCGCGUGAGGAGUCGGGGACCUGGAGGGACCAUUUGGGGGCAGCCAGGCCAGCCCUCGAAGGCAGAUUCAGUCACAUUGACUGGCUGGGGGACCAGGGCUCCCAUGGGCGCCCAGUGCCCUCACCGUGCUCCGGUGUGUGGGUGCUCUGCAAUGACCCAGCGCCCGGGGUAUCCGGGCCGAGCUCGCAAAAUCCUUGUAAUAAAAGCAACCUCAGAACAUUU